UCAAAAAAUCAGGUACCUGUAUACAAAUUUUUCAUAACAUUUAUGUAUUUUUUUUUUAUCUUCCAAUACUUAUAGUAAAAAUAUUUCGAUGACAACAAUAUUAUUUAAAAUAUUUUUUCAUAAAAUAUUUUUCUAGAAUAAGGUUUAAUUAUAGACUGAUUAGUUUCUAUAGUCAUGGAUAGUGAUUCGGAAAACGAUUUUCUGGAAGAUGAUUAUUACUCAGUAUUAAACUUACCCAAAACUGCUACCCUUGAAGAAAUAACUUAUGCUUAUCGACGAUUGAGUAAAAUUUAUCACCCUGACAAACAUGUGGAUGAAAGUAAGAAAACAGAAGCCGAAAUAUUAUUUAAUAAAACUCAAAAAGCAUAUGAAGUUUUAAAAGAUCCACAUCAAAGAGCAAUAUAUGACUGUGUUGGAGUUAAGGGAUUAAAAACGGAAGGCUGGGAAAUUGUUCAUAGAACAAAAACUCCUCAAGAAAUUAGAGAAGAAUAUGAAGCACUGGCAAGAGACCGAGAAGAAAGAAUGUUAAGAUUAAGAACAAAUGCUAGAUGUGUAUUUACAGCUAAUAUUGAUGCUUCUGAUGUGUUUGAACCUAAUAAAUAUUUAGAAUACGAUGAUAAUGUAGAUAGUUACAUUUACAUACCUUCAAUAGAAGUUUCAUCAAUGUCUAUGUCUAUGUCAACUGAUGCACCUAUUACUUUACGUGAUACAAUUGUGCUAAGUGGGAAUUUAUCAUCACGAUCUGGUUCAGUGUCGAGUAGUUAUAAACGACUCUUAAGUACAAAUGGUUGGAUCAAAUAUGAUAUUACUGCUGGCAAUGGACUUCAUGUGGGUGCUAAAAUUUUCAAAAUGUUGACCAAAAAUGUAUUUGGUACUAUUGAAGGCAGUCUCAGUGAUUUAACUAGUGGAAAAUUAAAGCCUAUUGGUCGUGUUAUGUUAGGAACUAGUUUAGGAAACAGGACAUCAGGUUAUAUAUCACUUGGUGGUCAAUUAUCAUCAUUGAAACAUACUACAUUAUCUACAGAAGUAGAACAUAAUACUGAAAGAAGUUAUUAUAUGUGUAAGAUAGAAGUUGGAUUUGCUCCAGCAAUUAGUAUGUUGUAUACAUGGAAAUUUCUUGAACAAGAUAUGUCAUUAAGAAUUUAUGCCAAAGCUGGUGUGAUUAAUUCAAAACUAGAAUAUGGACUUGAAAAAAAAGUGUCCAAACUCAAUACAUUUGCUGCUGCUGUUCAAAUUGACACAUUAAAUGGAAUUACUCUUAGAUUAAAGUUUAUUAGAGCUAGUCAAACAUAUGUCUUUCCCAUUCUUCUUAGUCAUGAUAUAAUACCUGCACCUAUAUUCUAUGCUACUUUUGUUCCUGUUGUUUCAUGGUUUGUAGCUAAAAAUAUUAUCUUAGAUCCUGUAAUGAGAGAGUAUAAGAAUAUGAAAAUCAAUAAGCAACGUGAAGUUAAUAAAAAAAGAAUGGCAGAAUUAAGACAAGAAGCAUUAGCAGCUAUUAAUUUAAUGAUGGCUACUAUGGAAAGAAUAGUCAGAGAAGAGACUGAAAAAAGAGGACUUAUAAUUAUUUUAGCAAAAUAUGGUAAUGCUGAACUAAUCAAACAGUCUGGGCAAUCAUUGGCUGAUGACAAUAUUUUACAGCCAAAUAUUAUUGAUGUUACUGUCCCACUACAAUGUUUAGUUAAAGAUUCACAACUUAUUCUCCAUAAUACAACAAAAUGUCAGUUGCCUGGAUUUUAUGACCCAUGUAUUGGUGAAGACAAAGUGUUGAGUAUUCGUUAUAUUUAUAGAGAUAAUGAGCAUGAUGUUACUAUUAAUGACAAUGAAUUUUUAAGGAUACCAAGACCUCAUCCUCAUUUAUCUAGAACAUCUACACCACCUAAUUUAUGAGUCAAUCAAAGUGUAAUUAAUUUAGUAAAAUGUUUAAUUAUUACUGCUUAAUAUGUAUGUUAAAACUAUUGUUGAAAAUUGAUAAAUUUUUGAUAGAAAAACUUAAUGAAAUUGUUUCAUUGUUAAGCAUUUUCUUUAUCAUUAAAA